AUGACUGACAAUGUUACUUAUUCCAUAAUAAAGUCUCCUGCUGCACCCCAAGCUCUGAAGGAUGACCGACGGCAGCAAAAAGCUUCUUCCUCGAGAUGCCCUCGCUCUUACCAUGUGGCGAUAGCUUUGGGGCUUCUGUCCACCAUUCUAGCAAGUAUGCUGCUAUUGCAGUGGAUUCUGUACCGGGGCUCCAAGUUGCCCACUUGUGCUGGCUGUCCUCACUGCCCAGACCUCUGGAUGGGGCAUGGUGACCACUGUUAUUACUUUUCAGUGGAAAAAAAGAGCUGGAAUUCUAGCCUGGAAUUCUGCUUAGCCAAAGACGCGCAUCUCCUUAUGUUUAAAGACAGCAAGGAAAUGAUCUGGCUCCAAAAUCUCCUCAGUCAGGAAUUUUACUGGAUUGGUCUGAGAAACAGUUCUGGCUGGAGGUGGGAAGAUGGAUCAGCCUUAAAUGUCUCAAGAAUUGCUUCAAACAGCUUGGUACAGAAGUGUGGUACCAUCAGCAAAGAUGGUCUCCAAGCCUCUAGCUGUGAAGUUCCUUUUCCGUGGGUCUGUAAGAAGGUCAGACGUGGAUAA